AUGAACACCUGCAGGCCUACCUCCAGAGGAACCAGGGAUCUGGGUCUGGGUCUGGGACUGGGACUGGGUCUGAAGAGGAAAAGCCCCCCCUUUGACACCCAGUCACCCCCCUCCCCUGAAUCCCCCUCCCCCAGGACAGAACACAGCUCUGAUGACCUCCGCACCGGGCUGUUCCAGUACAUACAGAACUCAGCCUAUCAGAAACUACCUGGUCCAUAUGAGGUUGUGUUCUAUAACGAAACAGACGACAGUCCCGGCGUCAUGCUGUGGCGUUACCCAGAAUCCCGUGUGUUGACCUUCGUACGCAUCACUCCAGUCCCCUUCAACACCACCGAGGACCCCGAGAUCAGCACCGCAGACCUGGGAGACAGACUGAAGGUGCCGUGCAGCCUGGAGUAUUGGGACGAGCUCCAGCACGCCUUCGUCCCCUACCGAGAGUUCAGCCUAUCAGAGAGUAGCGCCUGCGAGCUGACCCUGCCCAGCCUGACACUGACCAAUGAGCAGAAGGAUCUGGUGACCUCUGACCUGUGGAGGAUCGUCCUCAACAACAACCCAGACGGAGGAGACGAACAGAGUUCUGACAGUGAGUCAGGUUCUCAGCAGGGUUCCUCGGGGUCCCAGCUUCUGCCCUGUGACCAGCUGGUGUCCCCCACGGCGCUGGCAGCUUGUACCCGUGUCGACUCCUGCUUCGCCCCCUGGUCCGUGCCCUCCCUGGGCGUGUCUCUCACCCUGGCACAGAUACAGCUGCACCUCUACCACCACCUGGAGCAGCUGGGCACAGCGCCGUCACGUCGACUCCGCCCCUUCCUGCCGGACAGGAAGUUGCCCCAGGAGCAAGAGUACCUGGUCAUCGGGGCACAGGAGCCGCGGCUGUUCCUCCGCCAGUGGAGUGGUGGCGGCGGUAACGUCAGCGCCGCCCGGCUCUGCCAGGAGAUCCAGUUCUCCACCGAGCUGGACUGCAGACUGUUGGAGUACCGGAACUUGACUUGGCUCUGCCUGCUGCAGCCGUUCAUACUGCAGGGUCAGGCUGCGGUCACACGCUGCUCCAACAACGUCCUCCUGGACGGGAACGUCUUCGUAGACCCGGUCUUCAUCAACAUCAGCCAGAACACCGUACACAGUCUGGAUACAGCCCUACGGGGCUGGCAACAGAACGGGGAUGAAGGUGCAGAGGAGUUGUUGAUCAGUCACCAUGUGCUCUGUAACGACACCCAGGAGACCCUGAGGUUUGGCCAGGUGGACACCGAUGAGAACGUCCUGCUGCCCUCCUUACACAGCCACCAGUACAGCUGGAGGAGCCACAAGUCACCACAGCUCCUUCACAUCUGCAUAGAGGGCUGGGGUAACUGGCGUUGGUCUGAGGCCUUCAGUGUGGACAACGUGGGGACUCUGUUGAGGACUAUUCAAUAUAAAGGACGCACUGCCUCGCUCAUCAUCAAGGUGUUGCAGCUCAACGGUGUCCAGAAACAGGUAAUCAUCUGUGGUCGCCAGGUGAUGUGUAGUUACCUGUCUCAGGACAUUGAUCUGCGGGUGGUGCAGCACUAUGUGAAUCCAGAAGGCCAGACGGUGGUUAAGGAACAUGUUGACUGUCUGGAGGCUGGGAGGAAGCUGCCCUCCUACGUGCUGGAGGACUCAGAGCUGACAGAGCUGUGUGUCAGAGCCAGAGGAGAUGAGGACUGGUCUCGGGAUGUCAGACUGGAGAGGAAGGAGAAGGAGAGGGGGAGUAGCUCUGUGGUACAGGUGCCUUGUUCCAGCGGCUCGUUGCUCUACGUGUGGUGCACCCUGAUCACCAUGGAAACGGACUCUCACAUGCAGCAGAGAGUGGUGAGUAUAGCCUUCCAGGGUACG